AUGACUGACUUGGAAAAAGGUAAGCUAUUUAUGAAAAGGGAGUUGAAGGGUGAUAUUAACGACUUGAGGACAACAGUGCAGUCGUUUAGGGACCUGUUGAUUGGGAGGUUCGGUGGGAACUCUGAAAAUGGUAGAAAGGAGAAGAAUGACGAUAAAGUCAAAGUUGUGAACUUAAGCUCGGAUAGCUCGUUUUCCUUGGCAACAAGGAGUAAACAUGAGACGAAAAGCACAGUCAGCAGGAGAAAGGGGAAAGCGGUUAGAAAGUCUCCAAUUAGGUUGCGGAGUCCUAUUUGGACCCGGAAAGAUCCCGAGAGGACUAAUGCCAAAAUAAAGGAUGAAAGUGAAGCGCUGGUUAGAUCUCCAUGGUAUCAUCUAACCCGUGGAGAGUUUAAGGUAUUAGUGUCGAAAAUACCAUUGUCUACCCAGGUGAUCACUAUGUGA